UGUGUGCGAGCGUGUGUGGCUGGGGGAAGCCAUUGCCUGUUUAAUAGUUGCUGUUGCUGCACUUCCGCUUCUCUCCCAGCGAGAGAGACACGAGUGGCCAGGCCCAGCCGCAGCCGCAGCAGCAGCCGCCGCGGCGGCACGGAGGAGCCAGACACAAAGAGAGGGGCUGUUUGCGGGGUGGGGUGGGGGGUUCGCUAUGUCGGAUGACGAUUCGAGGGCCAGCACCAGCUCCUCCUCAUCUUCGUCCUCCAACCAGCAAACCGAGAAAGAAACAAACACCCCCAAGAAGAAGGAGAGUAAAGUCAGCAUGAGCAAAAACUCCAAACUCCUCUCUACCAGCGCCAAGAGGAUUCAGAAGGAGCUGGCAGACAUCACUUUAGACCCUCCACCUAACUGCAGUGCUGGUCCCAAAGGCGAUAACAUCUAUGAAUGGAGAUCAACCAUUCUGGGGCCUCCAGGAUCCGUGUAUGAGGGUGGUGUAUUUUUCCUUGAUAUCACUUUUACACCAGAAUACCCCUUCAAGCCUCCAAAGGUUACAUUUCGGACAAGAAUCUAUCACUGUAAUAUUAACAGUCAAGGAGUUAUUUGCUUGGACAUAUUAAAAGAUAAUUGGAGUCCAGCACUAACCAUUUCUAAAGUUCUCCUUUCUAUCUGCUCCCUUCUUACAGACUGUAAUCCUGCUGACCCUUUGGUGGGAAGUAUUGCCACUCAGUAUAUGACCAACAGAGCAGAACAUGACAGAAUGGCCAGACAGUGGACCAAGAGAUACGCUACAUAAAUUGGGUUUUCACAAUUCUUACAUUAUUUGUCUGUCACAGAGAGAGCUGCUUAUGAUUUUGAAGGGGUGGGGGAGGGUGGGAGUUGGUAAAGAGUAGGGUAUUUCUAUAACAGAUAUUAUUCAGUCUUAUUUCCUAAGAUUUUGUUGUAACUUAAGGUAUCUUGCUACAGUAGACAGAAGAAUUGGUAAAAGCAACUUUAAAAACUGUCAUUAGUUCUGCAAUAUUAGCUGAAAUGUAGUACAGAGAAUAGACAUUUGGGUUCAGUUGCUUGUAGUCUGUAAAUUUAAAAUAGCUUAAUUUUGUACAGGUUACACACAUGGCCAUUUAUGUAAAGUCCUUCCAAGACUACAAUUUUUUUUUUGUUCAAAAAAAUUGGAAUUUCUUUUCCCUUCUUGGGAGGGAACAUUGAUAUUUAACAGUUUUUAGAGACUGUCAUCUCAUAUAUAUAAAAUGGAUAUGUGGCUAUAAGACACCAUAUAGGAAAUGAGUAGUUAUGUAUUUUAUUUUAUAUGCCAAUCUACUUUAUUGUGACAAGAUAAGAGGUUUGAAUCACGACUUGUGAAAACCUGUAGUAAAAUACCUUAAGCUGUUAACUGUAAGGUGUGGAAUAGGAGUUGCUCAGUGGAUUGGUUAUAUGUUGUGGACUACUUAAGUCUGCAUUUGUUACUGUGCUAAUAAACAAUAUUAAAACAAGCACCUAA